GCAGCAUGUCUAUGAACCUUUACACUUAACAAUUCGACAGGAACUACAAUUGAAGCAAGGACGAGGAUCAGAAGUGGGUUUUAAAAUUAACCAUGGAUUGUCCGAGGGAAGAAAGUGAGCAAUCGACAAAAGAGUAUGGUGAAGAUAUUGAGAAAAAUGACAGUGAAAGUGAAAGUGAAUAUGUGGGGGAUGAGUACGUUGAUGUUAUUGAUGACUUUGAAUUUGAUAAUAACGUGGAUCUCAAUGUUGAAUAUGUGGGGCUAGGUGAUGAAAAAAAGGAAGCAAUUAUAGAGGCAGAAGCAAUAGGAAAAACUGGUUUUAAUGGGCCUAAUCUUAAUGAUUGUCCAAACUUGUCUGAUGAUGCGUCAAUAAAUGAGUUUGAUAGUGAUGCUUCAGUCUCUAAGUGGAGUAACUUUAGGGCAAACACAGACAUGAAAAAUCCUAAAUUUACUCUAGGCAUGACUUUUGGUAGUAAAAAAGAAUUCAAAGAAGCAGUGUUAAACUAUGCUUUUAAAAAUGGGAAAGAGUUGAAGUUUGUAAGGAAUGACAAAAUUAGGUAUAUUGUAGAGUGCAAACACAAUGCGUGUCCAUGGAGAAUCAACCUUAGAAAAGAUCCUAAAUGUGAAUCAUGGAGAAUAUUAGGCAUGAGAGAUAUACAUGAUGGAUGUUCAUGGGUUUAUAAGAACAAGAUGGUCAAAUCAAGCAUUGUUGCUAGGAGAUGGACCAAGGAAGUUCAACAUCAUUUGGAUUGGAAAAUGGUGAAUUUCAAGGACAAAGUUUGUACAGCUGAAAGGUUUGAUAUGAGUGAUAGGCAAGUUUGGAGAGCUAUGGAAAAAGCAAAGAAAAAGAUCCAAGGUGAUGAAGAAGAAAAUUUCAAAAAGCUAUGGGGUUAUGUGGCAGAAAUCGACAGAACAAAUUCCAUGUCCAAAUGUUAUGUUAAAUUGAGUGAUUUAACAGAUAUGAGUGGACAUAGCAGGUUUUUGAGGUUAUAUAUGUGUUGGGAAGCUUGUAAAAAAGGUUUCCAAUUAUGUAGGCCAAUAAUAGGUGUUGAUGGUUGUCACCUUAAGUCAGCCACAAGAGGCCAAAUGCUUAUUGCAAUUGGAAUAGAUGGCAAUGAUAGUAUUUUCCCAUUGGCAUAUGCAAUAGUGGAGGGUGAAACAAAACAAUCUUGGUGUUGGUUUUUAGAAUUUUUAAAGACAGAUUUAUCAAUUGGAGACCACAAUGAAGAAGAGUUCACUUUCAUAUCUGACAAACAGAAGGGUUUACUGGAAGCUUUUGAAGAUAAACUACCUAGAUCUGAACACAGAUUUUGUGUACGACAUCUACAUGGGAAUAUGAAAGUUGCUGGAUUUCAAGGUUAGGCAAUUAAAGAUGUUAUGUGGAAAUGUGCUAGGUCAUGUACUGUACCUACAUUCACAGCAGCUAUGAGAGAGUUAAGGGACUUAGAUGUUAAGGCAUGGGAGUGGUUAAAUGACAAGCACCCAAGAGAGUGGUCAAGGUCUCACUUCUCAUGCACUCCACAAUCUGACAUGCUUGUAAACAAUAUUUCUGAGUGCUUUAAUUCUAUUAUAUUGGCAGUUAGAGGAAAACCUAUAAUUGCUUGCCUAGAUGGUAUGAGGCAUUUAUUGAUGACUAGGUUUUUUGAUUCUUAUCAUAAAGCUAAAGAAUGGAGUUCUGAAAUUUGUCCUAGAGUGCUAGAAAAGUUGCAGGUUAAUGAGAAGCAAGCUGCUAGGUAUGGAGGAUUUCAGUGUGGUCUACAUGAGUUUGAGAUACAAGGUUUUUAUGGAGACCAACAGUCUGUGAAUUUGGAACUAAGAUCUUGUACUUGUAGAAGAUGGGAUUUAACCGGAUUGCCUUGCAAACAUGCCAUUUGUGCCAUUUGGAUGAAGCAUGGGGAAGGUCAUGUUUAUGCCUAUGUCAAUCCUUGUUAUACAAAGGCAAGAUAUUUACAAAUCUAUGAAGGAUUAAUUCAUCCUAUGGCAGGUGUAAGUGAAUGGCCAGUGGUUGAUACAGCUCCACCUUUACCCCCUGUUUAUAAAGCUAAACCUGGCAGACCAAAGAAAUUGAGGAAAAGUUCUACUGAUGAGAUAACCAAUGAUGGAGAGCAUGUGGCAAGAACUUGGAUAAAAUUGCAUUGUAGCAAGUGUAGACAAUCCGGGCACAACUCUAGAAGAUGUCCUCU